AUGGACCUCGACCACACCAAGCCCAUCCCAGCCUACUAUUGCUGCUAUCUCCUCCGCUCCACCAAGAAGCACGCUUGUCUAUACAUCGGCUCCACCCCACACCCCGCCAGACGCCUCGCCCAGCACAAUGGCGACACCAAAGGUGGCGCCCGGCGAACACACCACGACGACAAACGGCCAUGGGAGAUGGUCUUGACCGUCGAGGGGUUCACGAGUCGAGUGGCGGCGUUACAAUUCGAAUGGGCGUGGCAGAACCCGAAAAGGGCGAGGCAGAUCACCGCGAACUACCAGUCCGAGAGUACUGGGGCGAGACCCAAAGGUCGGGGUUCGCGGAGGUCCAUGAACGCCCACCUCGAGGAUCUGCAUCUGUUGCUACGGUCUACGCCCUUUGCCCACUGGCCGCUUAAGGCGCGCUUCUUCGCGGCCGACGUACAUCAGACUUGGAGGGUUCUGGCAGAUCGGGUGCAGGGCUUUCUCCCCGAUCAUAUCGAGGUGAUCGUAGACGGGAAUUGUGCUAGAGCGCGCUUCCCGCAUGAUGAGGAACAGGGGAGGGUGAAGCGUGUUACCGGAAUGAAGGUAAACUACACACAUCUGCAAGACUACAUAGAUAAGGCCAUGUUCCUAUUGGAGGACUCAGAGGACUGUCGGUGUGGAGUGUGCGCGGCACGACUGGUGCCAGACGGAGAAUUGGUAGUGGUUUGUCCGCAUGAUAACUGCUAUUGCACAAGUCAUUUAUUGUGUUUGUCAGCAAAAUUCCUGAAGAAUGCUGAGGAUCCAGACCGGCUGGUUCCGAUCAGUGGCAAUUGUCCGGGUUGUCAAAAGACGGUUGAAUGGUCGCUAAUGAUGCAGGAGCUGACGUUGCGCAGUCGCGGAGAGACCAAGUCGCGAGCGAAGCGGAAACAGAGCAAAUCAAGCACGACUCAACGCAGCUCGAGAGUGAUUUCAGAUCAAAGGAUUAUUGGUGUCAGCGAAACAAGCAAUCAGCGCGCACUUGCUGACCAUCCAGAGGAUUUGCCAGAUGACAUCAGUCUGGAUGAGAACUGGACCGAGUCACUAGACAUGGAUCUUGAGUCGGACAAUGUGUCUCGUUCGCAAUCCCAGCCAGCAUCAACCCGGACUGAGAUCAUCAUAGAAGAUAGCGAUUGCGAAGAGAUAGACGCACUCGAGUGA